ACAUUCACAUCUAUCCAUAUUUUCUGACUACUAAUACACAGAUUUUCUUUCAUAAAAACGUAACAUUUUUUAAAAAAUGUCAUGAUCCACUUUAUUUUAUUACAGUUGAAUUUAAAAGCAAAUAUACAAUUAUUUUAAAGUGUUUGUAAGAACUGAAAAUGAGUCAAGCAUUAAGUACAACUCCAAUAUCCAGCUUAAGAGUAAGAUUAUCAUCAACGAACUCCAAGCCUAACACUAAUACACGGUGGUCGCCGCCACCGCGUAAGGAGUCAGCCGAUGCUGAUGCAGCGCCCCUCGUUCUACGCACUGUCAACCACAGCCGCAGAAAUAUUAUUACGAUUGGAAUAGUUGGUGCAGUUUAUGGUGAGAAAAAAGCAUGGGCAGGUGCAAGAAGAGCAGCUCCACCACCAACAGAUCAGGAGAAAAAGGAUCCAAACAUAAGUGCAGUCCAAGCUAAAGUGUUAGCCAGUAGAAAAAGGAAGGAAGCCAUGAAACAAGCCAUGGCCAAACAAAGAGAGAGAGGAAAAAAAGUAAUUGAGCAACCCUCAAAUUCUUCCCCUUCCCCUCAAUCUGAACCCAAGCCCGAGCCUGAGCCUGAGCUUGAGCCUAUGCCUCAAUAAUCUCAACCUUAGUAUUCUAAGGAGAGUGACUUUGUAAACAUACAUACAUUAUUGAAUAACUCUAAUUUACAAGUUUUUUAUAGUUUUUUUUUUAUUGUGUUUGGAUGGUUGGUAGUUGAUACAGCAUGAAAAUUAAGUUUUGUUUCAGUUGAAAUAUACACUACUUUUCAUAAAAA